GGCAUCGUCGUCUAUGUCGUCCUCCUCAUGCACGUCGGCAAUACCAACGCCGCCAUUGCGUCGCAAUUUCGACAUAGAAAGUCUCAGCAUCAGCGAGUUGCCCGAUGGCAAUGAUGAGCAGGACUUUACCUUUCGUUAUCCGAGCUAUAUGUAUCCCGAUGUGGAGUACGACAAGAAUGAUGUGCCGCUCUCCUUUCGCGCAACGCCGGAUUCGCUGUUCAGUCUUUGUGCCGCAGUUGUGGAUGCCCAGGCACGCACGGAGGUGUUCAAAUGGAGCAUAAAUGACGUUGCUGAAUGGCUGCGUGAUUUUGGCUAUCCGGAAUACGAGGAAACCUUCAGGGAGAACUAUAUCGAUGGGCACAAGUUGCUCAAUCUGGAUGCCAUAGCUUUGGUGGCCCUGAACAUACGUGACUUUGAGCAUAUACGGCACUUGGGUCGCGGCAUACGAGCGCUCUAUCGCAAGGAGCUGCAGAUGGCAACCGAGACGAAGAAACAGAGCGAAGUUUAUAAGGCAUUUCGAUCACGCACUGGACGCAAGUACGAGGGCUUACGUGAGACGGAGCUAUUGGGUCGCAUGCACAUGAUUCGCUCGGUCUUCCAGGACCUCAACGAAUGGGAGCUAAUGGAGCUGCACAUGGCUCGCACUCCGGUGCGUCGCUAUCGUGAGGUAAUCGCUGGCUCGAGGCGCUACAACCUAUACGGCCCAUCAACGGCACGCAGGUCCCCAUUAACAAUGGACGACGGCGACACAACAAAUUGGUAUAAUUUUGGCAAUUGUUAUUGA